GCUGCUGGCGCUGCUGCUGGGCGAGCCGGGCGCGCGGGCGCUCGUGUGCCUGCCCUGCGACGAGUCCAAGUGCGAGGAGCCCAAGAGCUGCCCCGGCAGCAUCGUGCUGGGCAUCUGCGGCUGCUGCUUCAUGUGCGCGCGGCAGCGCAACGAGAGCUGCGGCGGCGUCUACGGGCUGCACGGCGCCUGCGACCGCGGGCUGCGCUGUGUCAUCCGCCCGCCGCUCAACGGCGACUCCAUCACCGAGUACGAAGUGGGCGUCUGCGAAGAUGAAAACUGGGAUGAUGAUCAGCUUCUCGGAUUUGAACCAUGCAAUGAAAACCUUAUAACAGGUUGUAACAUAAUUAACGGGAAAUGCGAAUGUGACACCAUUCGGACCUGUAAUAAUCCAUUUGAAUUUCCAAGCCGAGAUACUUGCCUGUCAGCCUUAAAAAGGAUUGAAGAAGAGAAACCCGAUUGCUCCAAGGCCCGCUGCGAGGUCCAGUUCUCCCCUCGCUGUCCGGAGGAUUCCAUCUUGAUCGAAGGCUACGCUCCGCCCGGGGAAUGCUGCCCGCUCCCGAGCCGCUGCGUGUGUAAUCCUGCAGGUUGCUUGAGGAAAGUUUGCCAGCCUGGCUAUUUGAAUAUACUGGUUUCUAAGGCAUCAGGAAAGCCUGGGGAAUGCUGUGAUCUCUAUGAAUGUAAACCAGUGUUCAGCGUGGAUUGCAGCACGGUAGAAUGCCCUCCUGUUCAGCAAGUUGUUUGUCCACUGGAUAGCUAUGAGACUCAAGUCAGGCUGACGGCUGAUGGCUGCUGUACCCUUCCCACAAGGUCUGUGUCUUAUCUCGCCAA